CUCUGCUUCUUCCUUUGCUUUUCAUCUAUAAAUAUCUUCAGAUCUUCAAACCUUAAAAACCCAUUAACACUCUUCGCUAGCAGCCAUGGUUACCACAAACAAACACCAAAAGAGAACCAAAGGCCGCCAAAAGAUCGAGAUCAAGCCCAUUGAAGCAAAAAGCAAUCUGCAAGUGACCUUCUCGAAACGCCGAGCAGGUCUAGUCAAGAAAGCAAGUGAGCUCAGUCUCCUUUCUGGGGCACAAGUGGCUGUAAUCGCCUUCUCUCCCGGGAAAAAGGUCUUUGCCUUUGGCCAUCCCAAUGUAGACACUGUUCUUGAUUGCUAUCUGAACGAAGGUUUUGAUACCAAGGAAGAAGAUCCCGUGACCAGUAGCAAUAACCCACAUGUCCAACAGUGGAACAGAGAGUAUGAAGAGGCAGUGAAAGAGCUGGAGGAGGAGAAGAAGUGUUUGGCAAUGAUUCAAGAAUGGAAUAAGGUGAGGGAGAGUAAUGUGAAUGCAGGGUUUUGGUGGGAUGAUUCUAUUGAUGAUAUGGGUGUAGAGGAGCUUGAGGAAUAUGUGAGGGCCAUGAAGGAGUUAAGGAGGAAUGUGGGUACUAGGGCUAAUGAGUUGAUGAUGGCUAAUCAUUUUGGUAAUCAGAAUAUUGGUAGUGCUCUGGGAGGUUUUGGUUUAGGUGAUGAGCCUUUUUGAAGUGCUGUGGCUUUGCUUAAACAUGGGUUAAUUAUGGAUUUUCUGUUUGUUUAGGGUUCUGAUCAUCAUGAACAUAUA